UCUUAGACGGGUCUUUGGAGACCCCCCUUCGGUGACAAAGUGCAGUUACAGCCUCCAAGAAGCGACAACCCAGUGAGAGUGGCGACUGUCAGUGAGGUGAAAUUGAUCGUGUUUAGAUAAAACAAGAAAAACAACACGUUAAUGCCCCGGUUUAACCCACCUCUAUGACUUCUCCAGAAGAUGAGAGUGUUUCCUGGAGGCUAAUAGGCCCUGUGUCUGAGCUGGCCAAGAAACAAUGCAGACUGAUCUAUUCGUCUGAUGGACGCGACGCGGAUGUUUGUCUGUUUCGUGUAAACGGUGAAUUCUUCGCGAUGGACGCUCGCUGCGCUCAUUCGGGGGGUCCGCUGUGUGAUGGAGACAUCGAGGAGGCCGAUGGUGUUCUUCAGGUUUUCUGUCCUUGGCAUGACUAUGACUUCAAUCUCAAAACGGGGAAAUCAAGCACAGGUUUACAGCAACAAGUUUAUGAAGUGAAAUCGGAGGACGGCAAUGUAUACGUCAAGCACAAAAGCGAGCUCUCGUUACAACCUUUCGGCCAGGUCAAGGAGAACUGAGGUUCUUGGUUAUGGCAGUGUUUCGUUCCCUCAAACUAAAACAUCUGCUUGGAUCUGGUCAUAUUUGAAAAGGAUGCAGAAUUUUAGUUGAAUAAACUUUCCUGUUCCCAAUGGAGCAGUUGUUAACAUUUGUGACAAUUUGUAUAUAUACACUACAAAUCAAAGAUAAAUUGUUCUUUAAUGUUGUUACUUCAUAUGACACUAAAAUAAACGUUGUUUUCUGACAUUUACAUUAUUUGAAUUGCUAUGAAUAUCUUGAAAUGUAAGUUGGCAAAAUUUAUAUGCAAGAUUGAUUGAACUCAGGGCAAAUGAGGUCACAGACAGUUUGUUUCAUCAGCCGUAUAUUUCAGCGGUUUGAUUAGUCAUAGUUUUUGAUUCACAAUCGUUAGCGCUCCAGAGAUGUUAAUGGGUUUCUCUCUAGGGCCGGAAUUAAUGUUUGCAAUUGUAACUUUCCAUAAUUAUACCUUGCUUGAGUGUCAAGUAGAAAUGACUUUCACCGCAGGGAAAAAGUUAAGUGACUUUUGAGAAUUCCAUUAAUUACUGGGUUGACUCACUUAAUCUUAUGUUUCCAUGAUGUCUUUGUUUGAAAAAAACAAAAACAAACAUAGUCCUAUUUUGAACAAACCCUAUAUUUAAUUAACAUCAGUAUUUGUGAGAUUAUCCUACCUUUAUAAAAUAAAAGUUAAUGCAAAAAAGAUAUAUGCAAUGCUCAAACAUUGACUUU